AUAAUAAGAAAAACGAAGAAGAAAGAAAGAAAAUAAAACAAAACAAAACAAAAGGAGAGAGAAUAAUUUAAAUUCGCUUGGACACGGCAUCAUGGUCAAAACUUUCCAAGCGUAUCUGCCCUCCUGUCAUCGCACUUACUCGUGCAUUCACUGCCGUGCUCACCUCGCCAAUCACGACGAACUCAUCUCUAAGGUGAGCUCUCCUUAUCAGUCCUUCCAGGGCAGUCAAGGACGUGCCUAUCUCUUCAAUUCUGUGGUAAACGUGGGUUGUGGUCCUGCCGAGGAACGUGUCCUCUUAACCGGCCUUCAUGCGGUCGCUGAUAUUUAUUGCGAAUGCUGCAAGACGACUCUCGGCUGGAAAUACGAGCAUGCCUUUGAGUCGAGUCAAAAGUACAAGGAGGGUAAGUUCAUAAUUGAGCUAGCCCACAUGAUCAAGGAAAAUGGAUGGGAAUGAAACCUUCUUAGGGGAAAUUUCGAAUAAUAUUCCCCCGGAUUUUGAAUUGUUCGUCCGAACUUCGUUCCUUGACGAUGCCUAAGACGAUGAUAAUGAUAAUAAUAAUAAUAAUAAAAUGACGAUGAUGAACACGACGAUUAUGAAGAAGACGAUGACGAUGAUUAAACUGAUUAAAAUGAUGAAGAAAAAUAGGGAAAAAAAGAAGAAGAGGAAGAAGAAGACGUCUUCGUUCUAAUAUCGUAAAAGUGCGGCUAUCAUCUUCACCUAUUCCCUCACAUCCAUCCUCCUAUACUACUGUUCCUAAAAUCUCUUAUCCCAAUUUACCAUCACAACCACCCUCUAUCAUCCUCAUCCAUUUUUCCAAUUUUCCUCUCUACCUUAUCCUCCCCUCCACACUCUUUCUCUCUUUCACUCUGUCGAACCACCAACGAAAGUCUGUGAUUUCAUUUGUGAUUUCUAAUCUUAGUAACGUUUAUGUUUCGGACUAUAAUUCAACGACGAAUUAAAUAAUUACGAGGACGAAGGACGAAGACGAGAAUUUGACUAUAAAGACGUUAAUUGAUUUAUUUUACGUUUCCGAUCGAUAAAUAUGGAUCAGUUCGAAACAACUCGAGAUGAUCUACAAAUCAUCGGUCUGAUGAUCAUAUCCGUAUUAUAAUACAUACAUACAUUUAUAUA